AUGGACCAGGAGAUAUUGAGAGAGCUCAGGAAGAUGGUGGUGGGAGCUGCUCCAUCAGGAAGCAGCUGCCUGUUUGGGGACAAGGAGACUCUGGCAUCCAGCCAGGGUGCUCAGCCUGGGUCCCUUCCUCCCAAGCAGGAAUCUGCACUGAAGACGCUGGGGACAGAAGGCCUUUUCCUCUUUUCUUCCUUGGACACUGACCAGGAUAUGUACAUCAGCCCUGAGGAGUUCAAGCCCAUUGCUGAGAAGCUGACAGGGUCAACACCUGCAGCCAGCUACGAGGAGGACGGGCUGCCCCCUGAUCCCAGUGAGGAGACGCUCACCAUAGAAGCCCGAUUCCAGCCUCUGCUCUUAGAGACCAUGACCAAGAGCAAAGAUGGCUUCCUCGGGGUCUCCCGCCUCGCCCUGUCCGGCCUCCGCAACUGGACGACCGCAGCCUCGCCAAGUGCAGUGUUCGCCGCCCGCCACUUCCAGCCCUUCCUUCCCCCUCCGGGCCAGGAGCUGGGCGAGCCCUGGUGGAUCAUCCCCAGCGAGCUGAGCGUCUUCACUGGCUAUUUGUCCAACAACCGCUUCUACCCACCGCCACCCAAGGGCAAGGAGGUCAUCAUCCACCGGCUCCUGAGCAUGUUCCACCCUCGGCCCUUCGUGAAGACCCGCUUUGCCCCUCAGGGGGCCGUGGCCUGCCUGACGGCCAUCAGCAACUUCCACUACACCGUGCUGUUCCGGAUCCACGCCGAGUUCCAGCUCAGCGAGCCACCCGACUUCCCCUUUUGGUUCUCCCCUGGCCAGUUCACCGGCCACAUCAUCCUCUCCAAAGAUGCCACCCACAUCCGUGACUUCCGGCUCUUCGUGCCCAACCACAGGUCCCUGAAUGUGGACAUGGAGUGGCUGUACGGGGCCAGCGAAAGCAGCAACAUGGAGGUGGACAUCGGCUACAUACCCCAGAUGGAGCUGGAGGCCGCGGGCCCCUCGGUGCCCUCCAUGAUCCUGGACGAAGAUGGGAACAUGAUCGACAGCCGCCUGCCCUCGGGCGAGCCCCUCCAGUUCGUGUUUGAGGAGAUCAAGUGGCAGCAGGAGCUGAGCUGGGAGGAGGCCGCCCGGCGCCUGGAGGUGGCCAUGUAUCCCUUCAAGAAGGUCACCUACCUGCCGUUCGCCGAGGCCUUCGAGCGAGCCGGGGCUGAGAACAAGCUGGUGCACUCGAUCCUGCUGUGGGGCGCCCUGGACGACCAGUCCUGCUGAGGUUCGGGGCGGACUCUCCGGGAGACGGUCCUGGAAAGUUCGCCCAUCCUCGCCCUCCUUAAUGAGAGCUUCAUCAGCACCUGGUCCCUCGUGAAGGAGCUGGAGGACCUGCAGAACAACCAGGAGAACGUGUCCCACAAGAAGCUGGCCGGCCUGCACCUGGAGAAGUACAGCUUCCCCGUGGAGAUGAUGAUCUGCCUGCCCAAUGGCACUGUGGUCCACCACAUCAACGCCAACUACUUCCUGGACAUCACCUCCAUGAAGCCCGAGGACGUCGAGAACAACGUCUUCAGCUUCUCGUCCACCUUUGAAGACCCGUCCACGGCCACCUACAUGCAGUUCUUGAAGGAGGGACUCCGGCGCGGCCUGCCCCUGCUCCAGCCCUAGAGAGCCCGCCGGGGGUGUCAUGGACAGGCCCUCACGGCCCAGAGCCAGAGUGGUCCAUGGCCCAUGUCACACUUCAGACUCUGCCCUCCCCCACCCCACUCAUAGGCCGCCUCGUGGAGUCCGAGAUCAACUGAGGGCGGCCAUCCAAGUUUGCCCCCAUGGUGGUGGCGGACAGGGGGUGCCUGGGCUGACCGGGUGGAUCAACCUCUAGCCCUGGCUGCCACCAUCGGCCUUUCCUACCCAUCUGUCUCCAGAAGCUGCUUGGGACCCCGUCCCAAAUCCGGCCAUGGGUGAUCUCCCUGGACAUCCCCCAGCCAGUCCCAUAGCCCAGGCCCUCGUGAGGUGAAGAUCAGGAGAGAGGAGUGGGCCGGAAAGACAGGGCCACUGCUCUCUCCUUGCCUUUGCCCCCGCCCAAAACAUCAGGAAGCCCCGGCCAGGGCUGGGCUGCCAGGGCAGCACUUCUGUUUGUCUAGAGCCUUCUUUCCUGGCCGUACCCAGGCUGCCCUCCUGUGCCUGAUGUCCCCAGCUGGGAUUAGUCUCAGCUGAGACAGCCUUCUGGAACCUCUGGGCAGACCCUCCUUCAGAAGUGGGGAUCAUACUGCUCCCCAGACCACUCCACUCACCCAGCGCUAGGACUCAGCGCCGAGUUCAGGACUUGCUGGGGGCCAGCCGUCUGGAAAGUGCGCGGUAAAGCAGCCUCUGCCUUUAGCAAGGGGGUCCACCGAGGGGUCCCUGAGGCCCAGGGCGCUCCCACCGCCUAUCCUGGACCCCGACCCACGGGAGGACAGCCCAGCCAAAGAACACAGCCUCCCGGCGCCCGGGGCUGCCCAGACCAGCUGCCUACGGUGGUGGCCGCUGACUCUCCUCAGCCACUCCGGGGCUUUGGGUCCACAUCCUGAGCCACUGACCACGGCCAGUCUCUUUUUUAUACAUGCAGAAAAGUGUUUUUACGUGGCCUUUCUCACAGUUUGUAGGUAUUUUUGUAACUCCUGUGCUGAGGAGAAAGAAGGAGGCAACGGCUUCUCCCGGCAGCAGCCCCAUGACGGCUGGGUCUGAAAUCCUGGAUGGACGCAGCUUGAUGUCCUUGCAGUUGCCACCCGGGAAGAAGUAUUCCUCCCUUCCUUCUCUCCCAGCUUCUUAAAAACAGUCCUCAGAAGAUCAGUGUACCCCCAGUGCACUCAGAGGGCAGCUCAAUCCCCUCCUCCACUCAGGCCCACGAGGUGCCCUCGGACUUUCUUCCAUUGAGGCCUGAAGUCAGGCUGCCGCCUACACCCCGUUCUCCCCCGCCCCUCGCCCCGCCAGGGCCAGGGCUCAGCUUCACCCAGCUCCCGGCAGAGGAGGAAGGAAGGUAGCCAUGCGCUCGUCGAGUUCCCCUGCCUGCAGUGGGAACGUCCGCUGAGCCUUCCUCACGCCAGGCUGGUUCUUAAUUUUGUGUCCAGUAUAAGAGCAGCCAGUCAUCAAGCGCCAUCUCUGUCCGAGGACCUUGUAACACCACGUGCAUUUUCUUACUUAGUCCCCACAACAAGCCUGUGACGUGGUUGCUGUUCAUUGUUUCCAUUUUGCAGAUGAAGAAACUUGAGUCUCAGGGAAGCGCAGUGACUUGCCCGAGGUCACUCACAGUGGCAGAGUUGAGAUUCAAACCCACAUGUGACUCCCGAGCCUGUGUCUUGACUUGGGGGUGUUGUGUUUGGCACUGCACCCCUCUCCCUGCUUGUUUUCCUGGGAUGGAAAGGAAAGCCUCAAACUGGAGCGUCUCCUUCCCCUCUGAUCCCCAGACCCAGUGGGGCGUGAGCCAGCGAGCCCAGACGGUUCUGGGUCCUGCUAGGGGCAGUGCUUCCGUGCCCCUUGCGGGAGGGAGGGCACCUGAGCCUCCCACGAGCCUCCACCAUCUUGUCAGGCUCGGGAGCCCGCGCCCUGAGCCUCCCUGCCCCAGCGGGCCCUUCUGCUGUCGCUCCGGGAGGAACGAGGGGCGACUCCACAUCCAUCCAUGUAAGGUGCUGAUUGCUUGGGUUUUCUGAAUGAAUCUUCCUCUGAUGCCUCUGCCUGGCCCCCACCAUGUCUCAAGGCUGUCCACUUGUCACCCCUCUGCCACUUCCUUCCC